AUGGGCUCCAUCGCCACAAGCACGCCUCCCUUCGAGGUCCUCACAGAUGCCCGUCCCGAUGACAACUCCCUCCCGGCCUUCCUGGUGUCCACCACCCGGGGCUUCCUCCCCCGCGCAGACCCCAUCGCCACGCUGCCCAAGGAGUUUGAGCCGCUCGAGUCCAUCCUCCAGCGCAUGCCCGUCAAGACUCUGUCUGGCGAGCCCGGCCUCCUUGCCCACAGCAAGCUUGGCGACGAGGUCGACACCAAGUUUCCGGAUCUCACCGAUGAGAUGGAGAAGUACAAGGACAACCUGCCCCUGAUGAACGCCCUGUACCGGGACUACUCGUUCUUGGCCUCGGCCUAUCUUCUCGAGCCUUGCCAUGAGCGCUUCCUCAGAGGGGAGAGCUAUGGCUUGGGCCGUCAGACUCUACCCAAGAACAUUGCUCGUCCUAUUGCUCGAUGCGCCGAACUCACUGGCUUCAUGCCCUUCAUGGAGUACGCUGGCUCUUAUGCCCUCUACAACUACCGCCUUGAGGAUCCCUCCAAGGGCUUGGAGUAUGACAACAUCCGCCUCAUUCGCGCCUUUGAGCACGGCCUCGAUCCCACCUCCUCCGAGGCCGGCUUCGUUCUCGUCCACAUCGACAUGGUCAAGAACUCUGGGCCCCUCGUUGCUGCCACCGUGCGCUGUCUGGAGGAGGCUUCCAAGGCAAGCUCUGGUCUCGGCGGCAUCGAGGAGCGCAGGUCCUUCAACGAAGGGCUCAGCGACAUCGUCACCGCCAUGAAGAAGAUCAACGCCGUCAUGGAGACCAUGUGGGGGAAGUCUCGUCCGCGAGACUACACCAGCUUCCGCACCUUUAUCUUUGGCAUCACGGCGCAGUCCAUGUUCCCCAACGGCGUUGUGUACGAGGGCCUCUAUGACAACAAGCCCAUGUCGUUCCGCGGCGAGUCUGGCGCCAACGACUCCAUGGUGCCCCUGAUGGACAACUUCUUGCAGCUGCCGAUGCCCGACACCCCCCUGACGGCCAUCCUCAACGACUUCCGCGAGUAUAGACCCAGCAACCACAAGACCUUCUUGCAGUACGUCAAGGGCCGCUCUCAGGAACUCGACCUGAAGGCGUAUGCCCUGGGCUACAAGGGCGAGCCCGAGUCGGAGGAGCACGAGGAGCUCCUGCGCCAGUCUCGCAGCCUGUGGAUCCAGAUCCUCAACGAGGUGCGAGACUUCCGCUGGCGCCACUGGUGCUUCGCCAGGGAAUACAUCCUCAAGCAGACGUCUCAUCCUACGGCCACCGGCGGCAGCCCCAUUGUCACCUGGCUGCCCAACCAGCUGGAGGCGGUGCUCAAGGAGAUGGUGGACGUGCAUGAGCGGACCAAGGCCAAGCACCGGAACGGCCUGGGCAGCGUGGCCGAGGACAUUAUGGAGGCGGCGCUGCGGCAGAGGGAUACCCUGCGGAAGGAGGUGGACAAGUUUUGCGCUGAGAGAGGCGUGAAGAGGGAGUAG